AAGCAAAGCUACAAAACGAAUUUAAUAAAUAAACUAAUAUUUCAAUAAAUUGUAAGUAAAAUCUAUUACAGUUACAUUUACGUUUACAUUUUUAUUUGCGCUAGCAUAUAUAUAAUACAGUAUUGUUAAUACACAUCAUAGUAGGUCGGUGCUGGAGUUGUAUUAGGCUGGAAUUUUAAGCAGCUAGCAACAUAAACGAAUUUAAUUAACUAAUACUUAAAUAAAUUAAAUAUAUAUUAUUCACAAUGGGAGAUCCUACACCGGCUCCACCUGCAGCGGGUGCUGGAGCGGGAGCGGGUGCUGGAGCGGGAGCGGGUGCUGGAGCGGGAGCGGGUGCUGGUGCUGGAGCGGGAGAGGGUGCUGGAGCGGGAGCGGGAGCGGGAGGGGCAGCGGCAGCGGCAAUGACCACUACUACUACCAAGAAGUCUGGAGCUGAAUUUUUGGAAGCCAAUUCUUGGUUGACCGCAGCUGCAGUGGCUGUCUACUUCAUACGCGCUCUCUGGUUGCAGAUGCGAAACUCGCGACAGACGUAAUCGGAGUUACAAAAGAAGCUUUUGGGGCACACGCGACUAUUUCAAGUUCUAAAAUUUUGGUUAAAGCACAUUAGUUAUGCGUUAGAUGAUUAGACAUGCAACAUCAACAUCGUUGCUUGUAGCUAUUGCGAUUUUAGGGGGGGUCGCUAGUAGCUUGAACGUUGAAUAUAUAUAUAUAUAUA